ACGCGGCGCUCGCGCUCGCUGCUUAAAUGAGCCUGGGCUCCCCGCGCCCGCCACUUCAGUGGAGACCGUGCCGCGGCUGCGGGUGGAGCGGCCGUAUUGUCCCGCGCCACGCGUUAGCGCUCCUCUGCUCCCAGGCGGUCGAUGGGACGGAGCGCCGCGGAGCAGGAGGCAGUGCCCGUCGGGGGGCUCGGGCAGUGCGGGAGCCCUCCAGGGGACUCGGGCAUGCCGGGCCGCAGGACCUGAGCCGUGCUCAGCGGAGAGGCAGCCCUGUGACCGACGAUGGGGACAGAGUGGGGCUGCCAUCGCGCCGGGCCGUGAGUCGCKCGCCUCCGCCUCCGCCUCGGCCCACUCAGCCCCUCGAGAAGCGCCUGGCCGCUCGUGAACAUGGCCCUGGAGCAGCUCUGCUCGGUCCUCAAAGUGUUAUUGAUAACAAUACUUGUAGUGGAAGGGAUCGCUGUGGCCCAAAAGACCCAAGAUGGACAAAAUAUUGGAAUCAAACACAUUCCUGUAACCCAGUGUGGCAUUUGGAUUCGAACCAGUAAUGGAGGUCAUUUUGCUUCACCAAAUUAUCCUGAGUCAUAUCCACCAAACAAGGAGUGUAUCUACAUUUUGGAAGCUGCUCCACGUCAAAGAAUAGAGUUGACCUUUGAUGAACAUUAUUAUAUAGAGCCAUCAUUUGAAUGUCGGUUUGAUCACUUGGAAGUUCGAGAUGGGCCAUUUGGUUUCUCUCCUCUUAUAGAUCGUUACUGUGGCAUGAAAAGCCCUCCAUUAAUCAGGUCAACAGGGAGAUUCAUGUGGAUUAAGUUUAGUUCUGAUGAAGAACUUGAAGGACUGGGAUUUCGUGCAAAAUACUCAUUUAUUCCAGAUCCAGACUUUACUUACCUAGGAGGUAUUUUAAAUCCCAUCCCAGAUUGCCAGUUCGAGCUCUCAGGAGCAGAUGGAAUAGUACGUUCUAGUCAGGUAGAACAAGAAGAGAAAACAAAACCUGGCCAAGCAGUUGAUUGCAUAUGGACAAUUAAAGCUACUCCAAAAGCUAAGAUUUAUUUGCGGUUCCUAGAUUAUCAAAUGGAGCACUCAAAUGAAUGCAAGAGAAACUUUGUUGCAGUGUACGAUGGAAGCAGUGCUAUUGAAAAUCUGAAGGCCAAGUUUUGCAGCACUGUGGCCAAUGAUGUAAUGCUUAAAACAGGAGUUGGAGUGAUAAGAAUGUGGGCAGAUGAAGGUAGUCGGCUUAGCAGAUUUAGAAUGCUGUUUACUUCCUUUGUGGAACCUCCCUGUACAGGCAGCACUUUCUUUUGCCAUAGCAACAUGUGCAUCAAUAAUUCUUUAGUCUGUAAUGGUGUUCAAAACUGUGCAUACCCUUGGGAUGAAAAUCAUUGUAAAGAAAAGAAAAAAGCUGGACUAUUUGAACAGAUCACUAAAACUCAUGGGACAAUUAUUGGCAUUACAUCAGGAAUUGUCUUGGUUCUUCUCAUUAUUUCUAUUUUAGUACAAGUGAAACAGCCCCGAAAAAAGGUCAUGGCUUGUAAAACUGCUUUUAAUAAAACUGGGUUCCAAGAAGUGUUUGAUCCUCCUCAUUAUGAACUAUUUUCACUAAGGGACAAAGAGAUUUCUGCAGACCUGGCAGACUUGUCAGAAGAAUUGGACAACUACCAGAAGAUGCGGCGCUCCUCCACUGCCUCCCGGUGCAUUCAUGACCAUCACUGUGGAUCGCAAGCAUCCAGUGUCAAACAAAGCAGGACCAACCUCAGUUCCAUGGAACUUCCUUUCCGAAAUGAUUUUGCACAACCACAGCCAAUGAAAACGUUUAAUAGCACCUUCAAAAAAAGUAGUUACACUUUCAAACAGGCACAUGAGUGCCCUGAACAGGCCCUAGAAGACAGAGUAAUGGAGGAGAUUCCUUGUGAAAUUUAUGUCAGGGGGCGAGAAGAUUCUGCACAAGCAUCCAUAUCCAUCGACUUUUAAUCUUCUACUAAAGGUGAUAUUAAUUAUUAAGUAUGUAUGUAUGCAACCUACAGAGCAGCCAUUCUGAUUUCAGUAACCAACUCUAUUUUCCUGUCAAACUAGGAAGACCUUCAUUUGCCAUUUCCCUAUCACAUUGAUGACAUUUUUAUCAUCUCAGGCAGUCUCUAUGUUAAGCCAAACAAAGGAACUUAAUACAUUUGGUAGAAAAAAAAAUAAUCAUCAUAUGUUGCUUGAUGUCAUAUAAACAAAAUCAUCACCAGUUACAUAGCAAGUGAAGAGGGGCAUUGGUGGUGUUGGGCUGCCUGUUAGUUUUAGCAUCAGAAAUACUGCUCUUGACUGAUAAAGCUCUGCCAAUAUUUUGAACCCAUAAUAAACUUAA